GCCUGCCCCCGGCCUGGGGCACCACACCCUGGGUCCCCCGCUCCUGGGGCUCAUCACAGCUCUGCACGCCCCCCGACCCGGGGCUUCCAGGUCUUUCUCCACCCCCUGGGAGAAGCUGCCCCUCAGAUCAGCCAGGCUGGUGGAGGUGGAGCGUCUCCAGGGUGGCUCCCCUCAGGCGAGACUCCCCUCAGGUGUGACUCCCUCAGGUGUGACUCCCCUCAGGUGUGACCCCCCUCAGGUGUGACCCCCCCCUCAGGUAUUGCUCCCUCAGGUGUGACUCCCCUCAGGGGUGACCCCCCUCAGGUGUGACCCCCCCUCAGGUAUUGCUCCCCUCAGGUGUGACUCCCCUCAGGGGUGACCCCCCUCAGGUGUGACUCCCCUAAGGUGUGACUCCCUCAGGCAUGAUCCCCCUCAUGUGUGACUCCCCUCAGGUGUGACUCCCUCAGGUGUGACCCCCCUCAGGCGUGAUCCCCCUCAGGUGUGAUCCCCCUCAGGUGUGACUCCUUCAGGUGUGCUCCCCCUCAGGCAUUGCUCCCCUCAGGUGUGACCCUCCUCAGGUGUGACUCCCUCAGGUAUGACACCCCUCAGGAAUUGCUCACCUCAGUCGUGACUCCCCUCAGGUGAGACUCCCCUCAGGUGUGAACCCCCUCAGGCAUUGCUCCCAUCAGUCCUGACUCCCCUUGGGUGAGACUCCUCUCAGGUGCGAACCCCCCAGGUGUGAUCCCCCUCAGGUGUAACUCCCCUCAGGUGUGACCCCCCCUCAGGCAUUGCUCCCCUCAGUCGUGACUCCCCUCAGGCAAAACUCCCCUCAGGUGUGACUCCCUCAGGUGUGACUCCCCUCAGGUGUGACCCCCCUCAGGCAUUGCUCCCCUCAAUCGUGACUCUCCUCAGGUGAGACUCCUCUCAGGUGUGAACCCCAUCAAGUGUGACUCCCUCAGGUGUGACUCCCCUCAGGUGUGACCCCCCCAGGCAUUGCUCCCCUCAGUCGUGACUCUCCUCAGGUGAGACUCCUCUCAGGUGUGAACCCCCUCAGGUGUUGCUCCCCUCAGGUGUGACUCCCUCAGGUAUUGCUCCCCUCAGGUGUGACUCCUUCAGGUGUAACACCUCAGGAGUGAUUCCCCUCAGGUGUGACCUCCUCAGGUGUGACUCCCCUCAGGUGUGACUCCCUCAGGUGUGACCUCCUCAGGUGUGACUCCCCUCGGGUGUGCCGGGUGUCAGGGCGGGUCCUGAGCUUGCCGCUUGCUGGGUUUCAAGAUGCCCUCCUUUCUGGUGCUGGUGGAGCCCAGGUCCUGGUGCUGCCCCUGAGCCCUGCUGCAGCCCAGACUUGGUCCACACCCGAGUGCCCUCCUUGCCCCAGGACCCCGUGGUUGUGGGUGGACGGAGCCCGAGCUGCUGCAGGUCAGGCCUGGUUGCCACACCUGAGCACGCGGGAUGGGCCUUUGACGGGGUACAGAGACACCCAGGUGGCCUCUUGGGCACACAGUUGCACCCAGGCUCCCAGCGCCAGCCCUCACACGCAGGAGCAAGCUGGCCCCAGUGCGGGUGUUUACUUAUUGAGCUCCUACUGCGUGCCACGCUCUUCUAGUGCGGGACAUGGAAUGGACCAGACAGAUGGCAGUUGUUCCCUGUGUCCAGGGUCUGUGCUUCGGUGGGGCAGAAGUGGGGUCCCUGGACCUGUGUCAGGAGGUCCCCAUCCUGGAGUACACACAGUGGGCGCUGGGAAGCUGUGGCUGUGAAGGGGCCGUCAGCAGGGCUCCCCUGUGGAGGUGGCACUGCAGCGGGGACGCCGGGAGGUGGCAGGGGAGCCACAGGGAAGCACCUGCCACGCCUCUUGUUGGGAACCCUUGACAUCCAAAGACUUGGAUGUCACUGUCUCAUUCCACAGAGAGGGACUGAGGCACAGAGAGGGUAAGAGGCUGGCCCAGGGUUGCUCAGCAGAUUUGUUCUCACUCCCUGCCCCAAAGCCUGUGCUCCGGGGCCACGCAUGCCACAUUUCUUUCAUCGCCAGCUGGAAUUCCAACCCUGUCCUUCCAACCGGGUGGCCCAGCAGCCUCCUACACUUUGGAAGGGGGCAGGCAUGUUACGACGAGAAUGGCUGCCCAUCUGCAGAGGGACAAGCUGGCUGAGCUGCACGGGAACAUGUUUGUAGAAGAGUGUGUCAAGUGCAGGACGCAGUAUGUCCGGGACACCGUGGUGGGCACCAUGGGCCUCAAGGCCACCGGCCGGCUCUGCAGCAUGGCCAAGGCAAGAGGGCUGCGGGCCUGCAGGGGGGAGCUGAGAGACACCAUCCUGGACUGGGAAGAUGCCCUGCCCGACCGGGACCUGGCUCGAGCCGACGAGGCCAGCAGGACCGCCGACCUGUCCAUCACCCUGGGCACCUCCCUGCAAAUCCGGCCCAGUGGGAACCUGCCACUGGCCACCAAGCGCCGGGGAGGCCGGCUGGUCAUCGUGAACCUCCAGCCCACCAAGCACGACCGCCAUGCUGACCUGCGCAUCCACGGCUACGUGGACCAGGUCAUGACCCGGCUCAUGAAGCUCCUGGGGCUGGAGAUCCCCGCCUGGGACGGGCCCCGCGUGCUGGACCGGGCCCUGCCACCCCUGCCGCGCCCUCCGGCUCCCAAGCUGGAGCCCAAGGAGGAGCCCCCCAGCGACCCCGGGCAGGAGCCCAGCGUGGAGCCCCGGGCCCAGCACAAUGGCUGCAAGCCCCCCAGCCCCAAGAGGGAGCCGCCAGACAGCCCUGCCCCCCGCCGGCCUCCCAAGAGGGUGAAGGCCGAGGCGGCACCCAGCUGACCAGGCGCUGGGCCGGGCUCUCACGGAAACCAUGGACUCCUCUUUCUUACGGUCUCACUGUUACUUGUCCCUGUCCCCGGGGACCUCAGGGAGCUGAGAGCAGGACUCCAGGCCCAGGGCGGUGGGCCUCCACUGUCUGGUUGGCUCUUGGGCCUCUGGGGAGCCCAGGAAGAGCCCGGCCCGCAGUGCCACCCAGGCCUGCUGCCCGCCACGGCCAGCCUCCGACUCAGGACUUCUGGGAGCGGGUGGCAGACGCCCUCCUCCCCAGUUUCCAGCCUAAGGGGGAGCGCCCUGGGCCCUGGGCUCCUCUGGGGACUCCGCACACUCCCUCCCCGUCAGCUCUUGAUCUGCCUCCCAAGGCCACCUUCAGGGACCCCCACGGGGAGCCGGACCCCCCCCUCCCCCCGCUGAGGGCAGGGCUGCGGGGAGAGGGUCCCGGGCCUCCCCAAGUCUUCAACGCAAUAAAGACAGACUCCUUGCAG